ACAGUCUGCAGUCAUUAUGGAAAUAAGCAAGCUAAUGUGAAAGUUCACAGGAAGCUAUGCUGUCCGUUAGACCGAGUCCUGAGUAUGUCUCUUAGGGACCCUCCAUAUGAACCUCCCUCUGUCUCAGAGCUGCAGGACUUCCUUCUGACAGAUAGAAAACCAACUGGACAUGUAAAUCAAGUCUGGCCUAAUCUUUACAUAGGAAAUGAGGUGGCAGCACGUGACAAGGGCACUCUCUACAGUCUGGGUAUUACUCACAUCGUAAAUGCUGCUCAUGGACCCCCCCACACUGGUCCCGGACCCUAUUUCUACGUUAACACUGGUCCUCGUUUCUACAGAGACAUGAAAGUAGAUUAUUAUGGUGUGGAGGCAGAUGAUGCAGUAGAGUUCAUCCUCAGUCCUUUCUUCUACCCAACAGCAAAAUACAUCAGAGCUGCACUGGCCAUGGGAGGACGCGUGUUUGUACACUGUCUGAUGGGUGUCAGCCGCUCUGCUACCUUAGUGCUCGCUUUCCUGAUGAUUGUUGAGGGCCUGAAGCUGCAGGAGGCGGUGGCUGUCGUCAGGCCACACAGAGACAUCUGUCCCAACCCAGGCUUCCUGCAGCAGCUUCGCAGCCUUGACAUGAGUCUGGAGAGAGAGAGGAGAAGAAAAAAGCAGGCUCAAGCACUAGGUUGCUUAGCCAAGCAGGGAGAGACACCAUCUCUGACAGAGCUGAGGAAAAUUCUCUGGACCAACAGGAAGCCAGUGGCACCUGUCAACCAAGUCUGGCCAAACCUUUACAUUGGAGAUGAGUCUGUGGCUCGAGAUAAAUCCGCAAUCUCGUCUCUGGGUGUCACUCACAUAUUGAACGCUGCAGCAGGUCGACAUCGAAUUAACACAGGUCAGCAGUUCUACAGUGACAUUGAUGUGGAGUACCAUGGUGUUGAAGCUGCAGACCAUCCAGAGUUUAACCUCCAACCUUUCUUCACCUCUGCUGCACAGUUCAUAGACAGCGCUUUAAAGAAAAAUGGGAAGGUGUUUGUUCACUGUGCCAUGGGUGUCAGUCGCUCUGGAGCGCUGGUUUUGGCUUAUCUGAUGAUCUGUCAGGGCCUGUCAUUGGUGGAGGCCAUCAUUUCUGUGCGUUUAAACCGAGACAUUGGACCCAACUCUGGAUUUCUGGAGCAACUCAGACAAUUGGAACUGAGCCUCUGUUCACAGAGCAGACAGACCCCAGAGGAAGACAACAUCAACACCCCAGGAUAAUUGAAAACAACAUGCUGACACUUGCUAGGCACCUCUGGAUUGGAAUCUGCUGUCCACUGUCUCACAAUAAUUAAGACUGAAAAAAAGAAAUGUCAUCUGUUUGCCUUGUGGAUUAUCAGUGCCUCAGCAACACUUAGCAAGAUAAAACGGCUGGAUGUUUUGAGUGUUUUGCAUCCAGAAAUAUCAGCACUGAUAAAUGGUAAUGGAUUAUCAAACAUUUUCACACAUCAGGGAUAUUUUUGGGAUGAGAAUGAUUCAACAUGUGGCUCACAUUGAACCCUGCAUCUAGGGAAAUAUCAUAAGUAAUCCAUGAAAUGCAUGUUGGUAGAAAGAUGACCUAGCCUAUAUGAGUGGCUCGGUCAACUGCUGGCAUUAAUGAGCUAGUUGACCUGGUUGAUGCCAUUAAAAUGGUGCUGAUAUGAGAAUAAAUCCACUUGCUAAUGGCUGAUCAUAACAAGGAGAACUUCUGUAAACCUGUUUGAUUGAUGUUGAAACAGUAAGAUCAUUGUCUGUAACUUUAUUUGUCAUUGUGCAUGAUCAAAAUAUCAGCUAUGGCUAUAUUUGGCUUACAAGUGUGAAAAGAAAGUAUAAUUUAUUGAAUGAUGGGACUCAGUCCCAGAUUAAAACUAUGACAAGGACAGUCAGCAAUAAAACUGCAUCAAGACAAUGUUAAUUUCACAUAGUGUAACUGAUGUAAACAUGACUUAUUCCUCAUUUCGGAAUUCCUCCGGAAGAUUGUGACUUAAAUAAAAGGCAUUGAGAAGCUCCCUU